AAGAAUGUGUAGAGUGUUUUGUAUAUAUUUAUCUAUGUUUUUACUGCCCUUAACAUGGGCAGAACGAGAGAAAUUUAUGGUGGGCAGUAUUUUUACAUCAGACAAAGAUGAAGCGGAAAUUGCUUUUCGUACUGCAGUGGAUCGUGCAAAUAUAUUGGAACGCCAUAUAGAGCUAGUUCCCGUUGUGAUCUAUGCAAAUACUGAUGAUAGUUUUAUAAUGGAGAAAACAGUUUGCAAUCUAAUUUCUCAAGGGGUAAUAGCAAUUUUUGGCCCCAGCACUGGCGGUGGCACUGAUAUAAUUGCCUCAAUAUGCGAUACAUUGGAUAUACCUCAUUUCAUUUACGAUUGGCUACCCAAUGAAUCCUUGCCAGAUCGUGAACACACUUCAAUGACACUCAAUAUACAUCCUGAUAAUCUGCUGUUAUCUCAAGGAUUUGCAGAAAUUGUUCAAAGUUUUGGUUGGCGUAGUUUUACAAUUAUUUAUGAAUCGGAUAAAGAGCUACAGCAAUUACAGGAUAUUCUACGUCUCGGUGAGCCAAGUAAAAAUCCCACAACAAUUAAGCAACUGGGGCCAGAUGAGGAUUAUAGGCCAUUUUUAAAGGAAAUUAAAUUAUCUACAGAUAAUUGUUUGAUAUUACAUUGUGCCCCUGAGAAUCUAUUUAAUAUAUUGCAACAAGCAAAUGAAUUGAAAAUGUUGGGUGAAUAUCAGAGCGUUUUUAUACCCGUUUUGGACACUCACACCAUGGAGUUUGGUGAACUCAGCGGUGUGGAGGCAAAUAUAACUACAGUUCGUUUAAUAGAUCCCACAGAUUUUCAUAUCAAGAAUGUAGUCCAUGACUGGGAAGAGCACGAGAAACGAGAGGGACGUUAUUAUAAAGUGGAACCACAUCAAGUGAAGACUCAAAUGAUAUUGCUCAAUGAUGCCGUUUGGCUCUUUUCCAAAGGCCUAACCGAAUUGGGCAUUAUUGAGGAACUAAAGGCUCCCGAAAUUGAAUGCAGACGCAAGAAACCCUGGCCUCAGGGUAGACGUAUCAUCGAGUUUAUGAAGGCGCGCUCCGAUGAGGUAGCUACAGGACGCAUAGACUUUAAUGAGAAUGGUCAGAGAAGUUAUUUCACUUUACGUUUCAUGGAAAUGAAUGCUGCGGGUUAUUUGGAUCUGGCCACUUGGGAUCCAGUUAAUGGCUUGGAUGUCCUCAACGAUGAUGAGGAGAGUGAAAAGCGUGUGGGUCAAAAGUUAUCGAAUAAAACAUUUAUAAUCUCCUCGCGUAUUGGAGCUCCAUUUCUGACUAUGCGAGAGCCGAAUGAGGGCGAAGUGUUGCAAGGGAAUUCACGCUACGAAGGAUACUCAAUGGAUCUAAUCGAUGCAAUUGCCAAAAUGUUGAAUUUCAAAUAUGAAUUCCGCUUAUCACCCGAUGGUAAAUAUGGAAGCUUGAAUAAGGCUACACAAACAUGGGAUGGCAUUGUUCGCCAGUUGAUCGAUGGGAAUGCCGAUUUGGGUAUAUGCGAUUUAACAAUGACGUCAUCGAGACGUCAGGCUGUUGAUUUUACACCUCCUUUCAUGAAUCUAGGCAUUAGCAUAUUAUUCUCGAAGCCACCAGUUCCUCCUACAGAUUUAUUUUCCUUUCUUUCACCAUUCUCGCUGGAUGUUUGGAUCUAUAUGGGUUCGGCAUAUCUAUUCAUAUCCCUGCUACUCUUUGCCUUGGCUCGCAUGGCUCCAGAUGAUUGGGAAAAUCCACAUCCAUGCAAAGAACCCGAAGAAGUUGAAAAUAUUUGGUCCAUCAUGAAUACUACAUGGCUUUCGAUUGGCUCUUUGAUGGGUCAGGGCUGUGAUAUAUUGCCCAAAGCUGCUUCUACAAGAUUGGUUACCGGCAUGUGGUGGUUCUUUGCCCUGAUGAUGUUAAAUUCUUAUACCGCCAAUUUGGCUGCCUUCUUGACCAACUCACGUCAGGCUAGUUCCAUAAACAAUGCUGAAGAGUUGGCCACCCAGAAUAAGAUCAAAUAUGGAGCUCUAUUGGGCGGUUCCACCAUGGGCUUCUUUCGGGACUCCAAUUUUAGUACUUACCAAAAAAUGUGGACAGCCAUGGAGAGUGCAAGGCCCUCGGUCUUUACCAAAACCAAUGAUGAGGGCGUGGAGCGUGUCCAAAAGGGCAAAAAUUUGUAUGCCUUUAUGAUGGAAUCAACCACCUUGGAGUAUAAUAUAGAGAGAAAAUGUGAUCUUAUGCAAAUUGGGGGUUGGUUGGACUACAAAAGCUACGGUAUAGCUAUGCCUUUUAAUUCACCGUAUCGCAAACAAAUCAGUGGAGCUGUUCUGAAACUUGGUGAACUGGGCCAAUUGUCGGAGCUGAAGCGUAAAUGGUGGAAAGAGAUGCAUGGCGGGGGCAGUUGCGAGAAGAGCUCUGAUGAUGGAGGUGAUACGCCAGAAUUGGGUCUGGAGAAUGUUGGUGGUGUGUUCCUCGUCUUGGGACUUGGUCUAUUCGCUGCCAUGGUCCUGGGUUGCACUGAAUUCCUGUGGAAUGUCAAAUCUGUAGCCAUUGAAGAAAAGAUCUCUCUCAAAGAAGCUCUCAAGUCGGAAGUUAUGUUUGCCUUGCAAGUUUGGAUUACCACCAAACCGGUUCAUACCAGCGCUGGAUCAGGCAGUUCCUCUUCAGCCUCGUCGGCAGCAUCAUCUGUUUCAUCGAAAUCAGGCAAAUCACAUUCGAAUCGUUCCAAAUGUUCUUCCAAAUCUUUUGGUUUAUCUAUGAAGAGUCUAAAAAAUUCUAGAGAACAUGAUGUAGAGGCCUCUGUACAUGAUAAGUUAAGAAAAAUUGGUUCAAUGUUUUCCCUCAAGUCAUCACACAAAUCAGCAACUCCGCCACCAAAAUUGGGUUGGAAACUGGAUAAAUCCACUCAAAUGGAUGAGGUGCCAGAUGUAAUCGAGCAGAAGGACGAGGAGGAGGCAGAGCCAGAAGUAGAGCAAGUACAACCAAGUCAAAAGCAUCAUCACCAUCAUCAUCAUCAUCAUCAUAGGCAUCACCAUCAUCAUCACCAUCCUGAGGAGGAUGAGGAAAAUGGAGAUGAAAAACGUGCCAGCAAAAUGAGUAAUGGAAUAUAAAUGGGAAUUAUCCUUCUAAUAAUAAUAACCGAUUUAAAAAGUAUAUAUUAUUUGGAACUAACAAUAGCUUUUUCAAAGUGUUUUUCAAGUGAAUUUUGUAUUGAGGUUAAUAAAUUUGAUUUAUAACUUAUUUACCC